AUGGAGACUAUCCUCAUAGCAUAUGACCUAUGGGAUGCAGUGGAGAUUGGAAUACAACCACAUCCGAUUAUUGAGCAGGAAGCAGGCUCUGAAGGCACUGGAGAUGAAGAGAGUGAGGCUGAGCAAAUCCCAGUGAAAGCACCUACUAUCUCCAGAGAAGAUAAGAUCAAAAAUGCCAAGGCUUUGAGUCUUAUUCAAGGAUCACUAACAGAUGAACUCUUUCCUCGCAUCAGAAAUGAGAAGACUGCAAAAGGUGCUUGGGAAAUUCUAAGAAGAGAGUUCAGAGGGGAUAAAAAGGUAAGAGUUGUGAAAUUACAAGCUAUUAGAGCUGAUUUUGAAUAUUUGAGAAUGAAUGAUGUUGAAUCUUUAGAUGACUACUUGGCUCGAUUUUUUGAAACUGUAAACAACCUGAAAUCUCUAGGAGAAGAUGUAACAGAGAAAAGGAUUGUUCAAAAAUUGUUGAUGAGUCUAAGUAGGAGGUACAAGUCCAUAGUGUCAAUCAUUGAAGAAACCAAAGACCUUGACACUAUUAGAGUUGAAGAAAUUCUUGCAUCUGUCAAAGUCUAUGAUAAGAGAGAGGAUCUACAUGAUGAAAGGGAUAAAUUGGCAGGAACUGAGAAAGCUUUUAGCAGUCUCAGAGUUGGAAAUAAUCAAGCUUCUGGAGCUAACAAAAGUUCUCAGGGAAAGCAAAAUAAAAAAUGGCAAGGACAGAACAAAAGGGCUCAAAUUGGUCUCAAGGUGGAAACUUUAACAACAAUAGUGGCUCAAAUUGGAGUAAUGGCUCUGGAGGGAAUUGGAACAACAGUUUCAAUUCACAAAACAAGCAAGGAAAUAGCAGUCAAGGUGGUGCACAAAGGCAAACCUAGAUGUGGAAAAUGCAAUAGGUUUGGUCAUACUACAAAGGACUGUGACAAUGGUAAACAAGUUGCAAACUGUGCAAAGGAGGAAGAGGUAACCACAGGAACAAUGUUCUAUGCCUGCCAUGUAAGUUCAAUUGCAUCAAGCAAGUCUGUGUGGUUUGUUGACAGUGCUUGCAGCAAUCACAUGACCUCUCAAGAGUCCUUGUUGAUCAAUCUUGAUAGGUCGGUGACCUGCAAAGUGAAAAUGGGCACUGGUGACCUUGUUCAAGCCACAGGAAAAGGGACACUAGUAGUUGAGACAAGAAAAGGGAGAAGAUAUAUAAAUGAGGUGUUGUUAGUCCCUGGUUUGGAUGAGAAUUUGUUAAGUGUAGGACAAAUGAUGGAGCAUGGGUACUACAUUCUAUUUGGAGGAAACUAUGCAUUAAUAUGUGAUGACAGCAGCCUUGAUAAUAUUGCUGCCAAAGUAGCAAUGGCUGGAAAUAGAUGCUUUCCAUUGUCUAUGGAAUCUAUCUGCUCAAUGGGAAUGAAAGCAACAGUGCAAGAAGAUCCAUGGGUUUGGCAUAGAAGAUUGGGGCAUUUGAAUUUUGCAAGCAUGAAAAAAAUGCAGCAAACACAAAUGGUGUUAGGCUUACCUGAUUUCUCAGAAAAAGAAGGAGUAUGUGAAGGCUGUGUGUAUGGUAAAAGCUAUAGAGAACCAUUUGAGAAUGAGAAGCCUUGGAGAGCUAAGAAUCCACUUGAGUUAAUACACACGGAUGUAUGUGGUCCAAUGCAAAAUGAGUCCAUUGGAGGAAAUAGAUACUUCAUCACAUUCAUUGAUGACUAUUCAAGAAUGUGUUGGGUAUAUUUUCUCAGAAACAAGUCAAGUGUGAUAAGUGUGUUCAAAACGUUCAAACCAUUUGUUGAGCUACAAAGUGGAUUCAAUUUAAAGAAACUAAGAAGUGACAGAGGUGUAGAAUACACUUCACAUGAAUUCCUUGAGUAUUGCAGUGAUCUUGGCAUGGAGAGGCAACUGACUAUUGCCUACACACCUCAGCAAAAUGGGAUUGCUGAAAGAAGAAACAGAACUAUUUGUGAAAUGGCAAGAUCAAUGAUGACUGAGAAGAAAAUUCCUGUAAAGUUCUAG